AGCUGAGGAGGAAAAUAACCCCAAUGUUACAUUUAGCUGUUAGUCAAGAUUUACAUAGAGUUCCUCAAAGAAAAUGUCAAGGUGAGAAGGGAAUUGUACAGGGAGAUCCAUUUAAUGUCGAAGUUGACUUGAAGAGUGCAAAUGACAAGGGAUGACUGCUGAAAGAGGGUGAGUACACUGAGCACGUGUUAAGCAUACAGCUCACAAUGUGACACAUUUCUCAAUGCACUGAGAAAAUUCUCAGCUGCCUCUACUACCUCUUAACCCUUCUAAAUCUCCCAAGAUGUACCUUCAACACAGAGAAAAAUCAUCCUCUUGCUAAUGUAGCUUCUGUGGUGAACUACAUAUACCUGUCUGAACACGCCCCCUGCUGACUGCUCCUGUGGCUCCUCCCACAGACCCCGGUAAAAAGGCGAUCAAGGCCUGAGCCCGGCCUCUCAGUCUCCAGGAUGUAGUAUGGUGGUCACUCACUGCUUGUUCCUUCUUCCAGUCAAUAAAAUUGAUGCACCAUCAAUAACACACUCUGAGACGCAGUUCCCCUUUGCCAUUCCCUGCCCCGACACCACUACCACGUCCGUCAUAAAAGCCCUGCGCCAGCUCUUCACUCUGUUCGGAUAUCCCUGCUAUAUCCACAGUGAUAGAGGGUCCUCCUUUAUGAGAGACGAGCUGCACCAGUACCUGCUAGCUAGGGGCAUUGCUACUAGUCGGACCACGAGUUAUAAUCCCCGAGGAAAUGGACAGGUGGAGAGGGAGAAUGCCACAGUGUGGAAGGCCACACUUUUAGCCCUUAAGUCAAAAGGGUUGCCGGUCUCUCGAUGGCAGGAGGUCCUCCCUGAGGCACUGCACUCUAUCCGCUCUCUGUUAUGUACGUCCACCAAUGCCACCCCUCACGAACGCCUAUUCUCUUUUCCCAGGAAGUCUGUCACUGGGACCACCCUACCAGUUUGGUUGAUGUCCCCAGGGCCAGUGCUGCUCCGGAGACAUGUGAGGAGUAAUAAAUACUCCCCGGUGGUCGAGAGGGUUCACCUUCUACAUGCAAACCCCCAGUAUGCCUACGUGGUCUUACCUGAUGGGCGGGAGGACACGGUCUCCGUCCGCGACCUGGCGCCCGCAGGUGCAGCAGACCACUACCCUGAACAUUCUCCAGUAACUAUGAACCCUGUACCCGAAGUGACACCGCGCACACCAGGCCCUACACAGACUCCUCACGACACUCAUAUUACCGGGCGUUUCGUACGCAUAUAUACCAGGCGCCUCGCACAUGCGUGAGGGACCACUGGCGCCUAGUGGGCUGGAACCAGCACAACCUCCGUCUCCUGUGCAAUCACCACCACCGCCGGCAUCUGUGCAAUCACAGCCGGUGCUGCGUAGAUCGCAGCGACAGA